GUGGGGGGCGUGCCUCCUCCCUGCCCAGCCGCCCCAGCUCGGCCCGCCCGCCCGCUGCGUCGCCGGGGCAUGUGAGCGGGAAGCCCAGGCAGCCAGCCGCGAGGACCGCACGGAGGAGGAGCGGGAGCGCGGAGCCGCGAGCCCAGCGCCUGGCUGAGUAGAUGUCCAUGAGGAGUCCCAUCUCUGCCCAGCUGGCCCUGGAUGGCGUUGGCACCAUGGUGAACUGCACUGUCAAGUCUGAAGACAAGAAGGAUCCUUGCCAUGAGGCCCCUCAGGGCUUAGCUGCUGCUACUGAGCCCCAGCCUGCAGACCCAGCCCGGGUCCCCCAGGAUGGUGCAGACUCCCAAGCUCCAGCCCAGGACUGUAGCUCUCCCGAGAGCAAUGGGUCCCCAGAACCCAAGAGACUAGGAGCCUCUGAGGCUGCUUCUGGAAGCCAGGAGAAGCUGGACUUCAACCGAAAUUUAAAAGAAGUGGUGCCGGCCAUCGAGAAGUUGCUGUCCAGUGACUGGAAGGAGAGGUUUCUGGGAAGGAACUCUCUGGAAACUAAAGAUGUCAAAGGGACCCAAGAGAGCCUGGCAGAGAAGGAGCUCCAGCUACUGGUCAUGAUCCACCAGCUAUCCACCCUGCGGGACCAGCUCCUGACGGCCCAUUCAGAGCAGAAGAACAUGGCUGCCAUGCUCUUUGAGAAGCAACAGCAGCAGAUGGAGCUGGCCCGGCAGCAGCAGGAGCAGAUUGCCAAGCAACAGCAACAGCUAAUUCAGCAGCAGCAUAAGAUCAACCUUCUUCAGCAGCAGAUACAGCAGGUCAACAUGCCUUAUGUCAUGAUCCCAGCCUUCCCUCCAAGCCACCAGCCUUUGCCUGUCACCCCUGACUCCCAGCUGGCCUUGCCCAUCCAGCCCAUCCCCUGCAAACCAGUGGAGUACCCGCUGCAGCUGCUGCACAGCCCACCUGCCCCAGUGGUGAAGAGGCCUGGGGCCAUGGCUGCCCACCACCCCUUGCAGGAGCCCUCCCAGCCCUUGAACCUGACAGCCAAGCCCAAGUCUUCGGAGCUGCCCAACACCUCCAACUCCCCCAGCCUGAAGAUGAGCAACUGUGGCCCCCGCCCCCCCAGCCAUGGAGCCCCUACACGGGACCUACAGUCCAGCCCCCCCAGCCUGCCUCUGGGCUUCCUUGGUGAAGGGGAUCCUGUCACCAAAGCCAUUCAGGAUGCUCGACAGCUGCUGCACAGCCACAGCGGGGCCUUGGAAGGCUCCCCUAAUGCCCCCUUCCGUAAGGACCUCAUCAACCUGGACUCGUCCCCAGCCAAGGAGCGGCUGGAGGAGGGCUGCGUGCACCCACUGGAGGAAGCCAUGCUGAGCUGUGACAUGGACGGCUCCCGCCACUUCCCGGAGUCACGAAACAGCAGCCACAUCAAGAGGCCCAUGAACGCCUUCAUGGUGUGGGCGAAGGACGAGCGGAGGAAGAUCCUCCAAGCCUUCCCUGAUAUGCACAACUCCAGCAUCAGCAAGAUCCUUGGCUCCCGCUGGAAGUCCAUGACCAACCAGGAAAAGCAGCCCUACUAUGAGGAACAGGCGAGGCUGAGCCGGCAACACCUGGAGAAGUAUCCUGACUACAAGUACAAGCCACGGCCCAAGCGCACCUGCAUAGUGGAGGGCAAGCGGCUGCGUGUGGGCGAGUACAAGGCCCUGAUGAGGACCCGGCGCCAGGAUGCCCGCCAGAGCUAUGCCAUCCCCCCACAGGCUGGCCAGGUGCAGAUGAGCCCCUCAGACGUCCUGUACCCUCGGGCGGCAGGAAUGCCCCUGGCACAGCCGCUGGUGGAGCACUAUGUCCCCCGGAGCCUGGACCCCAACAUGCCUGUUAUUGUCAACACCUGCAGCCUCAGGGAGGAAGGUGAAGGCACAGAUGACAGGCACUCAGUGGCCGAUGGAGAGAUGUACCGGUACAGUGAGGACGAGGACUCAGAGGUCGAAGAGAAGAGUGAUGGGGAGUUGGUAGUGCUCACAGACUGAUCUUGCAGUGUGGGCCUGGCCCCUUCUGGGGAGAAACCCCACCUCCACCCCAUGGGCACAGCCAGCUGACCUGGACUCUGUUGGUACUUGGACUUGGGUGUGCCCUGGAGAUGAGCAAAGCUGUGCACUUGUAGAUAUGUGCAUGAGGGGAGAGUCCCCCUCCCCACCACACCCUUGGACAUACCUAAUAAGCUGUCACCUGGUGGGCAGGGCCCACAUUGGUGAUGGGCUGAGCUGGCUAAGCUCUUUGGCCCUUGGGGCUCAUGGCCAGGGGACACUGGUUGGCUCUCCCUCCUGCAGGUCUACCCAUGGGGAUGUGGCAGCUAUAGACCUGUCCCCCUGGGGUCACAUGCUUUGUUUCCAUUCCUGUACUGGUUGGACCAGCCACUGUGGGACCACCACCCCCUCCCACGUACCCCCAAGAUCACUCCUCUGUCACCAGGAUCGCUUUGUGCAGAAGGUCUGGCUGUCUCUUCACUGUCUAUCUCUGCCAAGCCCACUGUGCCUCUGGCUGCUCUCUGUGUAUGUGUGUAUGUUUUCAUCUGUUCAUUCAUUGCACAAGAUAUUUAUUGAGUGCCCUUGAUGUGCCAGGCACUGUUGCUGAGUUCCUGUGGGUGUGUCUCUUGAUGCCACUCUCAUUUCUCUGGAAGCCUCUUUCUGUGCUUCUCUUUUUUCCCAAAUUGCUACCUCUUUGUCAGUCUGGGUGUCUCAGGUUCUGUGUGUCCUUGUGUGCAAUUCUCUAUCUCUCUUGUCUUUCUGCAAGGCCCCUCUUUGUCUCUCUAUCCCUACCCCCACAUGCCCUCUGGGUCCUUUUAGGCUCUUGGUCUGCCUGGGGCCCACCAGCCUUCCUGACCUCCUCCUGCCUGCCUGUUCACUUCCCCCACCCCCACUCCCUCCCUGACUCUACCAGUUGGUUCCCACGGAGCCACUUUUAGGUCUGAGAAGCAUGGGAAUGUGCCUCAGUCUCCAGGGGGCUUUGUCCUGGUGGCCCAGCCCUGUCCCUUAUCCCAACCUGAUUGCAGGAGUGGGGGGGAAUUGAUGCUCCCUUCCUUCCAGUGAUAGGGGCCCUAGAGAGGGAGCUUCGCCAUGGGAGCUGGUCUCCAGCCCACCCUCAUGAACAUGGGGGGGCUCCCCAUUCUUGGAAGGGGUUGCUAUACUCUCUUAGCCUGACCCUGCCCCUCUUCCACCUGCCCUCACCUCCCCCAACUCUACACUAGGGAAUGGGUCUCAGAUUCACAAGUUAUUUCCUUAAGGAAAUCAAAUCCUAUUGGCAUCAAACUCCAAAGAUCUGGAACAGCUCUCAGAUCAGGGUGGGAAGGGAACCCCAAAUCCCACAGGGCCAGAUAUGGAGUCUGCUUGCCCCCCAUCUUCUCCCCUUUCUUCCCCUUUCCCAAAGCCCCCAUUUCUUUCCAGGCUGUUUCUUUUUUAUGACUGUAAACAUAGAUAGUGCUUUAUUUUGUUAAUAAUAAGAUAAUGAAUAACUUAACCAGCACAUUUCUCCUGUUUACACUCGGGGGAUUUUUUUGUUUUCUGAUGGCAUAAUAAAGACAGAUCAUUUCAGAAUCUGGCCCUUGUGCAGGGGAGGAGGGAGGCUGGCCUGAGUCCAGGAUUCCUAAGUACGCCUGAAACCUAGGCACCACUGCCCUCUGGUGGCCACUUGUGGGCGCUUCAGGGAUCAGCAGGAAGGAACUGGCUUAGGUGCAAGAGGCCCAGGCCAAGGGAAUGAGGGACAUGCACCACCUACAGAGCCAACACUGAAUGCCCCUCCCUUAAGCAGGUGAGCCCGUCAGGUCCUCAGAAACAAGACCAUGGUGAGAGCACUGCAGUAGGAGUUAGGCUCAGGUUCUCCCUGGUACUAUCCACAUGGUUUAGUGAGAAGGAUCAGGUCCCCUUUAGAGGCCUCAUUGUCCUCAUCUGAGAACAAAGGGAUUAAACCUUAUCCUGGUUCUUAUCCUCUUUCAGAAAAGGAGCCCUUUGAGAUACCAAUGAAAGCUUGGGCCCUAGUCCCGGAAAAGGGGAUGCAUGGACACGCUCAAGCCCAUUUAUGAGCUCCUCACCCUCACCCCCUGCCCCCUGUUAAUAAAGCAGGGUCUCUAAUGCGCUUCAGGGCUCUGUGACCUUAUGCUGUGGGUGAGAAUUUCAAAGACUGAGUUAUUGCACUAGGAAAAAAUAGGCCUGAAGCUCACAAAAUGCAUAUUAACCAGGAUCUAUAAAAAGACAGCUCCUGUGGUUAAAAAUUAAUCCCAUCAGUAUGGAAUGGGGACAGCAGAGCUGAAUGGCAUUUCUCUUGAAAGCGUUAGAUUGGGGCAGGAUUAAUAGAGACUGUGUUCACAACAAGGCAGGUGAUGGUUCCAGGGUACCCCACAUAGGCCUAACCCCUUCCUAGAAAAGGCUGUUGUCACAGUGGAGAAGGACUGGCAGCAUCCUGGCAGACACAUCCUGAGAGGAAUGGUCAAAAGGGCAGGCAUGUUUAGUCCAGAAAAGAGGGGAGAGAGUAGGGCAGAAAGGAUGUGAUCAUUUCUUCAAAGCUGCUAGGUGGGCAACGGUAAUUCUACAUAGCUCUUGAGGUGGAACUUGGACUUGCAAAUGAAAGUAAGAACUUUUCAACAAAGAUGUUCAAAAAUGUAGUCAAUGUCCUAACCUAGGAAGUACUCAGAGGCUCUGGAACGCUGGCUGAGGGAUUCCUAGAUUGGGGAUGGUGGUGCUGAGGAAAGGUGGGUACAACUGAUUCCAGGGCCACAGACUUGGAAGGGUGUGGAAACAAAGACUCAAGAAUUUGGGGCCCAGCUAUUUGGUCUGGGGCACGUCCAGCUGCUCACCUGCUGGUUUUUCCCAGCCUUGUCCCUCAAAGCUGCAGGCCCUUCUCCUUAGAUGCAGGUGGCAGUAGAAGGAGGAGCCUCGCUGGCCUGAUGCCCCCUGCCAUGGCAGUCAUCUCCCACUGUCCCUCUCCUCCACCCCCACUGUGCUCAUUAUUCCAAA